AUGAGCGUUGCUGUACCUGAUCUGGUUGAGGCUGCCAAGAAUGCCGAUAUACUAAUCUUUGUGGUGCCACAUCAAUUUAUACCAAAUUUCUGCAAGCAAUUGCUGGGCAAGAUCAAGCCAAAUGCCAUUGCCAUAUCCCUGAUCAAGGGCUUCGAUAAGGCCGAGGGCGGCGGCAUUGAUCUGAUAUCGCACAUUAUUACCCGCCAUUUGAAGAUACCAUGCGCCGUGCUGAUGGGCGCUAAUCUGGCCAACGAGGUGGCCGAGGGCAACUUUUGCGAGACGACAAUCGGCUGCACGGACAAAAAGUACGGCAAGGUGCUGCGUGAUCUCUUCCAGGCGAAUCAUUUUCGUGUCGUGGUCGUUGAGGAUGCCGAUGCCGUUGAGGUUUGCGGUGCCCUGAAGAACAUUGUGGCCUGUGGUGCGGGCUUUGUCGAUGGUCUCAAGCUGGGCGAUAAUACUAAGGCAGCGGUCAUUCGUUUGGGUCUCAUGGAAAUGAUACGCUUUGUCGAUGUCUUCUAUCCGGGCAGCAAAUUGUCCACAUUCUUUGAGAGCUGCGGUGUUGCGGAUCUCAUCACGACAUGUUACGGUGGUCGCAAUCGUCGUGUCUCAGAGGCUUUUGUCACAUCGGGCAAGACAAUCGAAGAUCUGGAGAAAGAGAUGCUCAAUGGCCAAAAAUUGCAGGGCCCGCCCACUGCCGAGGAGGUUAACUAUAUGUUGAAAAACAAAGGCCUGGAGGAUAAAUUCCCAUUGUUCACCGCCAUACACAAAAUUUGCACAAAUCAGCUUAAGCCUAAAGAUUUAAUCGAUUGCAUACGCAAUCAUCCCGAGCAUAUGGAUACGUUCAUCAUGCCGUCGCCAAAACUCUAAACUGUGUUAAACCAAAACAAAAAAAUGUUCUAAAAGUUUAAUUCGAUUGUAAAUACUAUUUGUUUAUAUAUCAAGUCAAGUCAAGUCAAGUCAAGUCCAGUCAGACACACACAAAAUAUUAUCAUGCACAUCCACACACGCAUUUGCAACCGAUACGUAUUCGAAAAUCGUUUCCUUCGCCAAGCUCAACACGCAUUUUAUAAUACAACUCGAUUCUUUUUAAAAUGGUUUUCAAAAACCAAUGUAUGUGUUCAUAGGUGAAAAUGUCAGUGUCAUAUUUGUUAAACCAAAAUCAGUUUUGUUAAACACGAAUAAAGUAUUUAAAUAAUG